CCGUGACGUCACGGCGCCGCUUUCCGGUGGCUGAGUCGAGUUGAGGUUGUUGUGGGCAGAGGGGCGCCAUGGGGGCGACUGGCGACACCGAGCAGCCGCGGGGCCCCGGCGGGGCAGAGCGAGGCGGCCUGGAGCUGGGCGACGCGGGCGCGGCGGGGCAGCCUGUUCUCACGAACCCUUGGAACAUAAUGAUAAAACACCGACAGGUGCAGCGACGGGGCCGCCGCUCUCAGAUGACCACAAGUUUCACAGACCCAGCUAUCUCUAUGGAUCUCCUCCGUGCUGUCUUGCAGCCUAGCAUCAAUGAGGAGAUCCAGAGUGUCUUCAACAAGUACAUGAAGUUCUUCCAGAAGGCAGCUCUGAAUGUACGAGACAACGUUGGAGAAGAGGUGGAUGCAGAGCAGCUGAUCCAGGAGGCUUGCCGCAGCUGCCUGGAGCAGGCAAAACUGCUCUUUUCAGAUGGAGAAAAAGUGAUACCCAGAUUGACCCAUGAACUUCCAGGGAUCAAGCGUGGCCGACAAGCAGAAGAGGAAUCCCACCGAGGAAGCCCCGUUCCCAAAAAAAGGAAAGGUCGGCCUCCUGGACACGUCUCCUCAAAUGACCGGGCAGCUGCUGGCAUGGUCAGAUGGAAACCAAAAUCGUGUGAGCCAAUUCGCCGAGAAGGCCCCAAGUGGGACCCAGCUCGGCUGAAUGAAUCUACCACCUUUGUUUUGGGUUCUCGAGCCAACAAGGCCUUAGGGAUGGGAGGCACCAGAGGGAGAAUCUACAUCAAGCACCCACACCUCUUUAAGUAUGCAGCAGAUCCUCAGGACAAGCACUGGCUGGCCGAGCAGCAUCACAUGCGGGCAACAGGUGGAAAAAUGGCCUACCUUCUGAUUGAGGAGGACAUCCGAGACUUGGCUGCCAGCGAUGACUACAGAGGAUGCUUGGACCUGAAGUUGGAGGAGCUGAAAUCCUUUGUCCUGCCACCCUGGAUGGUUGAGAAGAUGCGGAAGUACAUGGAGACACUGCGGACAGAAAAUGAGCAUCGUGCUGCUGAAGCACCUCCCCAGACUUGAGCCAGCCUGCCUCCAAGACCCUCUUUCCCUGCCUGGCUGAGGCCAGCAUGGGGAGUUGGUCUAGUUGGGUCUUAGCAGCAGAAAGCUGUACAUGAGCUAGUCUAUAUAGUGACUCACUGCAGAGCACCCCAGACUGGCAUGUGGUUCCGUGUUUUUAAAGUUAUUAGAAUAAGAAGCAAUUAAAGUUUGUA